CUCGGCUUCCGUAGCGGCGCUGAAGAGGAGCGUGUGCGCGCCGUUGGCGGAAUUCAGUGACACGGAGCCACGGCAGAGAGCGGAGCUCGCUAGGAAUCGCCGCCGCCGCCAUGAGCCGAAGCUACAACGAUGAGCUGCAGUACCUGGACAAGCUGGACAAGCACUGCUGGCGUAUCAAGAAGGGCUUCGUGCCCAACAUGAACGUGGAAGGUGUCUUCUACGUGAACGAUCCUUUAGAGAAGUUAAUGUUUGAAGAGUUAAGAAAUUCAUGCAGAGGUGGAGGAGCUGGUGGCUUCCUCCCAGCCAUGAAACAAAUCGGAAAUGUAGCUGCACUGCCUGGCAUUGUUCAUAGAUCUAUAGGACUUCCAGAUGUCCACUCAGGCUAUGGGUUUGCUAUUGGUAACAUGGCUGCCUUUGAUAUGAAUGACCCAGAAGCAGUGGUAUCACCAGGUGGUGUCGGAUUCGACAUUAACUGUGGUGUACGGCUCUUGCGCACCAAUCUUGAUGAGAGUGAUGUCCAACCUGUGAAGGAGCAGCUUGCUCAGGCCAUGUUUGACCACAUUCCUGUUGGUGUGGGGUCAAAGGGUGUCAUUCCUAUGAACGCCAAGGAUUUAGAGGAGGCUCUGGAGAUGGGGGUAGAUUGGUCCCUCCGAGAAGGCUAUGCCUGGGCUGAGGAUAAAGAGCACUGUGAAGAAUAUGGGAGGAUGCUGCAAGCUGAUCCAAAUAAAGUCUCUGCGAGGGCUAAGAAAAGGGGUUUGCCCCAGCUGGGGACUUUGGGAGCAGGAAACCAUUAUGCUGAGAUCCAGGUUGUAGAUGAAAUUUUUAACGAAUAUGCUGCCAAGAAGAUGGGCAUAGACCACAAGGGCCAAGUUUGUGUGAUGAUCCACAGUGGCAGCAGAGGCCUUGGCCACCAAGUAGCUACAGAUGCCCUAGUGGCUAUGGAAAAAGCUAUGAAGCGAGACAAGAUCAUAGUGAACGACCGCCAGCUGGCAUGUGCCAGGAUUGCUUCCCAGGAGGGACAGGACUACUUGAAGGGAAUGGCAGCAGCUGGAAACUAUGCAUGGGUCAAUCGUUCUUCCAUGACUUUCCUCACCAGACAGGCUUUUGCUAAAGUCUUCAAUACCACUCCUGAUGAUCUGGAUCUGCAUGUGAUCUAUGAUGUAUCUCACAACAUUGCCAAAGUAGAGCAGCAUGUGGUAGAUGGAAAAGAACGGACCCUGCUGGUGCACCGGAAAGGAACAACCAGAGCUUUCCCUCCUCACCACCCCCUCAUUGCGGUUGAUUACCAGCUGACUGGCCAGCCUGUCCUGAUUGGUGGAACAAUGGGAACUUGUAGCUAUGUCCUUACUGGUACCGAACAAGGCAUGACUGAAACCUUUGGUACCACCUGCCAUGGAGCGGGCCGUGCAUUGUCACGUGCAAAAUCUCGGCGCAACUUGGAUUUCCAGGACGUAUUGGACAAGCUGGCGGACAUGGGGAUUGCAAUCCGGGUUGCAUCCCCCAAACUGGUUAUGGAAGAAGCCCCUGAAUCUUACAAGAAUGUGACGGAUGUGGUUAACACCUGCCAUGCAGCUGGCAUCAGCAAGAAAGCCAUUAAACUGAGACCCAUAGCAGUGAUCAAAGGCUAAGGAAGUCUUUCCCUGAAUUGGCCAGCACUGUUCUUUCUGAAGACCUUUUCCCACCAGAGCGCUUGAAGGUUGUUUCCAUCUAGAAUACAAACUGACACAGACUCUAUGUUAGAACUCAUUAAAGUAAGUUUGUGCCUGGGGGUGAGGGGCUCUCUUUGCUAAGAGGAGCUAAAUCAAGACACAUAGCCCUUCAUUUCUAGAGUGGUAUCUAAAAUUGGGUGAAUUUCUUUUAGCAGAAUCUAAAAGCAACCUUGUUCAGAAGAUUCUUCACUCUUAAUAAAUUAUCUGUGCCCUUCAUGGUGAGAUUCUGACCAAUGUUGAUUUGAUAGCCACCAAUUUGCAAGGAGGCUUUCUCUGGUGUAGACCAAGUACAAAUACUACUGUUCUCACUUGGUUGUUUUUGUAUUUUUCUCCUGACAUGAGUUGUUUGAUCUCCUUUAUAAUGUACCAGUCUGUACUAUUGGAGAUAGAAAGGGAAUCUUUUUUUGCACUGUGAGUUGCAAUAAAGCCUGAACAAUAUCAUUCAUCUAUGUGGCAUGACUACUGUCACAGGUACUCUACUUUAAAAGUCUAUGAUCAAACAGUUGCUCCCAUAAGUGCACUAGCAUGGUGGUUCUGUUGAAUGAGGGGUGGUAGGUUUGCACAAGCUGUGUUGCCCAUGAUUCACUUGGUACAGCAGGUUCUCUGUGUAUGUAUGUUUACUGGAAUCCCUGAUUACAGCUCACUUGGAAAACUUUGUUAGAGAAAGUUGGUAUUCCUUGAAGAGAAGCCAACUUUCCCUUGAUGUCCCUCAUGAAUCAGGGCAUCCAUAUGCUAUAGAAGCUGUAAUUGCUUUGGCAUGGACAGAUUGUGUCCUAGCACUAGAGAAAUGAGAAACAUAAGCUGAGCAACCAUUCGAGGUACAUAAGCCUUGUCUUCCAUUGCACCUGGUCAUUCAGAAGAUAAGGAACAUUUCCUCUUAAAGCAGCAAGCUGGAGAACUUACCCAGCAGUCUUGCUACUUUUCAGUGAGUAAAGCUUUAGAUUACUCUUUAAAACUGCAAAGGAGCAUGUCAGUUAGCUGUGCGCAUAAAAUGCAAAGCUAACCCACUUACCACAAAAAUGCAGGUUCCCAGAGAGGAGAUUGAAGCCACUUCACUCCUUCCUCCAAGUCCUGCUGCUGUGAGCUAAACUUGGGCAUGGCUUAGUGUUGUCUGUACACAAGCUUGUGGUUUGUCUCGCUUCACAUAAACCACAAGCUGUAACCGGGGUUCAUUCUUGGGUUCACAGCUCAUGGUUUGUCUAAAGGAGACAAAGCACCAUCCUAGGUUCAGGUGACAUGCUAAGCCAAACCAUGGUUUAGCUCACAGCAGGAGUAGUGUUGGCAGUCUCCUCCCUGGCAAUACUUACGUGUUCUCACCAUGGUUUGACUUUGCUUUAUGUGUGAACUGGCUCACUAUGUAGAAGGGGGAAUUGUUCACUCCUCAUCUCAUGGGCUGCUGUUCGCACAUGCACAUUGCAGAUGGGUGGGGAAGCAGCAAAGUUACCUCUGUUUGGGUACAGAUUAGGACGAUUUCAGCAGGACCAGCAUAGGUUAUUUCCCCCCUUCUGGCGCUGCUGUUUUCUGUUUACAUUAAAGUGCUCCAGUACUUGAUCUGCUGGAUGGUUAGAUUUUGAAAACACUAUUGCCAUCCUCUCAUGAAGUAACCGUGAUGGCUGCUCUAUUCCACAAUAAGCAUGAUUUGCAAAGUCAUUGUUUGAAUUUUAUUGACAUUCUGGAAGUGAUUUUCUAGAGAGGUCUCAAAACUGACAAAUAAACAGAGAAUGCAAGAAA